AUGCUUCGUAACACUUUAAGAAGCACAAGCAAAAGCGGGUUGAAGUCUAUAAAAUCGGUUUCUUCGCCCACGACCAAAAACUUGCUCAAUUCGUACCGCAAAUACUCAAUUGCUAGAGCAGAUGAGGACGAUCACUCGAUCACAGGCCAGUUUGUUAACGACGUAUCGAAACCAUACACCGUUGCAACUUACGCUCGUCCCAACCUUGUCGUCGCUCGUGGAAAGGGAUCAUAUCUCUUUGGCCUCGAUGACAGACGUUAUGUUGACUUUACAGCGGGUAUUGCUGUAACUUGCUUAGGUCAUAGCAAUGACGAGGUUUUUGAAGUGAUCAAAAAGCAAUCACUGACCUUGAUGCAUUGUUCCAAUCUAUACUACAACAUCCCAGCGAGCGAGUUAGCGAAUAAGCUCGUGGCUGAAACUCUAGAGGCCGGAGGAAUGCAUGAUGCGCAGAAGGUGUUCAUUUGCAAUUCCGGGACCGAAGCUAAUGAGGCAGCUCUUAAAUUUGCAAGAAAGUACGCCAAAACUCAGAGUGAUUCCAAAAUUGAGAUUAUUGCAUUCGAAAAUGGUUUCCAUGGGCGUACAAUGGGAGCUUUGUCUGUCACAGCGAAUCCGAAAUACCAAACUCCUUUUGCUCCUUUGGUACCAGGAGUCCAUAUCGCAGAUCCGCACGACAUUGAAUCUGUAAAACGCGUUAUCAGCAAGGAUAAGACUGCUGCCGUAAUAAUUGAACCUAUACAAGGCGAAGGAGGGAUUCAUGUGAUUGACUCAGAAUUCUUGAUUCAAUUGAAAGAAUUAUGCGUUCAAAAUGAUGUCAUACUUAUUUAUGAUGAAAUCCAGUGUGGUUUGGGUAGAACCUCUAAACUUUGGGCUCAUUGCGAGUUGCCCAAGGAAUCUCACCCCGAUAUCGUCACGAUGGCAAAGGCCUUGGGGAAUGGGUUCCCCAUUGGAGCUGUAUUGACAAAUGAGAAGGUCGCGCAGGUAAUCGCAGCUGGAGAUCAUGGCACUACAUACGGCGGUAAUCCCUUAGGGGCUGCUGUAGGUUUACAUGUGGUUGAGACGGUCAGCGAUGCUCAUUUUUUGAGCAAUGUAGCGGUCAAAGGAGAGCUUCUCCAGAAUGGGUUGCAGGACAUCCGUUCUAAAUAUCCCGACCACGUGGAAUCAGUUAGGGGACGCGGUUUGUUACUUGGUUUGCAGCUCAAGCCAGCUUUAGAUUGUGGUGCAUUGGUGAACAAGGCCCGAGAGCUUGGCCUUUUGGUAGUAACUGCCGGUGGAAAUGUGGUGAGGAUUGUCCCCGCCUUGAAUAUACCAAAUCAAACCAUUGAAGAAGGAUUAGCGUUGUUAUCACAAGCUAUACAAGACGUCAUUCACACAUAG